AUGGAGGAAUCAAAAGCGCCUCAUGUCGCGAUCAUACCGAGUCCCGGAAUGGGUCACCUCAUCCCACUCGUCGAGUUCGCUAAAAGACUCGUUAACUGCCACGGCUUCACCGUAACCUUUGUCAUCGGCGGCGAAGGUCCACCGUCAAAAGCUCAAAGAACCGUCCUCGAAUCUCUCCCUUCAUCAAUCUCCUCCGUCUUCCUACCUCCUGCCGAUCUUACCGAUCUCCCGUCGUCAACUCGCAUCGAAACUCGGAUCUCGCUCACCGUCUCUCGUUCGAACCCGGGGCUCCGCCGAGUCUUUGAUACCUUUCAGGCGGAGGGUCGCUUGCCGACGGCCCUCGUCGUCGAUCUCUUCGGCACCGACGCUUUCGACGUGGCAGUAGAGUUCCACGUUUCACCGUAUAUUUUCUACCCAUCAACGGCCAACGUUUUGUCGUUUUUUCUCCAUUUCCCUAAACUCAACGAAACGAUGUCGUGUGAGUUUAAGGAAUUAACCGAACCGGUUAAGCUCCCUGGGUGUGUACCGUUAAUGGGGAAAGAUGUUCUUGACCCGGCUCAAGACCGGAAAGAUGACGCAUACAAAUGGCUUCUCCAUAACACCAAGAGGUACAAAGAAGCCCAAGGGAUUCUUGUGAAUUCCUUCUUCGAGCUAGAGCCAAAUGCGUUAAAGGCUUUGCAAGAACCGGGUCUUGAAAAAAUAUCAGUUUAUCCGGUUGGACCAUUGGUUAACAUUGGUAAGGAAGAGGCUAACUCAGUCGAACAAUCAGAAUGUUUAAAGUGGUUAGAUAAACAACCACUAGGUUCGGUUUUGUAUGUAUCUUUCGGUAGUGGCGGUACACUCACGCGUGAGCAGUUCGAUGAGCUUGCUCAUGGUCUUGCGGAGAGCGAGCAACGGUUUCUUUGGGUCAUACGGAGUCCGAGUGGGAUCGCUAAUGCUUCGUAUUUUGAUUCGCAUGGUCAAACCGAUCCAUUAACAUUUUUACCACCGUUGUUCCUAGAACAAACCAAAGGUAGAGGUUUUGUGAUCCCGUCAUGGGCUCCACAAGCCCAGAUCCUAGCCCAUCCAUCCACCGGAGGGUUUUUGACUCAUUGUGGUUGGAAUUCCACUCUAGAAAGUAUAGUAAGUGGUGUUCCACUCAUAGCAUGGCCAUUGUAUGCUGAGCAAAAGAUGAAUGCGGUUUUGCUGACGGAAGAUGUCCACGUGGCGCUAAGGGCACGUGUGGGGGAUGAUGGGAUGGUGAGAAGAGAAGAGGUGGCUCGAGUGGUGAAAGGAUUGAUGGAAGGUGAAGAAGGUAAAGGAGUGAGGAAUAGGAUGAAGGAAAUGAAGGAAGGAGCUUGUAGGGUGUUGAAGGAUGAUGGGUCCUCUGCUAAAGCACUUAGUCUUGUGGUCUCAAAGUGGAAAGCCCACCAAAGAGAGUUGGAACAAAAUGGCAAACACUAA